UGGAACCCGAAUUCUUGGAACUCAAGAAAAUCCUAAACUAUAUGACUUAGUAUUGUUCUGGUAUUAUCCCCGUAACCUAAAAGAGUUGUUAACCGAGUUCGAGAUUGAGAAUGGAGAAUUUGAAAGCUGGAUUGAUAUUAUUCCUGAUAGUUACCGAUGGUGGUUCGUUGCUACUGACCGACAGUUAAAAUUAAAAGAUAAGAGUUGGGUGAAACAAUUUAUCCAAGCGGAUUACGUUAUAAUGGAUUGGUUCACUGAACAGAAGAGACAAGUUGAUUAUGAGCUUAGCGAAGA